AUGGCUCCUAGCGGGUAUAAUACGGCAGUGACGAAAAAAUUUAUUGCUCAAGUACGAAAGAAUAAGUGUUUGUAUGAUAUUAACAUUAAAAAAAAUUUUAAUAACAAAAGUUUAGACAAUAUUUGGCUGGAAAUUGUUAAUAAAUGUCAUCUCGUAAGUGUAACCAAAGCUAAAAGAAAAUGGGGUUACCUCGCCGCCCAAUACAAAAAGGGUCUCCUAAAUCCAUUGAAAAAAUCAAUUUACCACGAUGACCUCAAUUUUUUGUAUUCGUUCGUACAAACAAUUGAAGAUGUUGACGAUGAUGAAGUGGAGUUCAUAAUGAAAAAAGAACCCCAGGAUGAUGAAAACAGACCUAGGAUGAGAGAAAAUUCUUAUGAGAGACCAAUGUCAUCGGCAUCUGGGAGGAAUAGCUCAAGACGAUUGUCUAAUAAUGAAAAUCGUUCGUCAACGUCCUCAGGUCGUCAAUCAGUAUUUAGCAUGUCCAGUUACCCUUCUAUGUCAAGUGAAGCAAUGCAGAUCGAUAAUCCUGAAGACGAGUUGAAGCCUCUUUUUGAAUCUUGGUAUCGGACAACUAAAAAACUGCCGCCGGAAUGGCAAAGACAUGUGAAGCGUCAGUUUUCUGAAAUUAUCAACGUUACUGAAGCGAAUGUUGCGAAUGAAAUUGCUGAGUAA